UGCAAGCAGGCAGGCAGGCAGGCAGGCAGGCAGGCAGGCAGGCAGCCCUUGACAAGCGACUAGCAGAGGGCUGUUGUGUCUCUGACGGAGUGACUCCCCGGCACAGGUCUCUACAGCUCUGUCUGGUCCACAACAGUCUCUACAGCUCUGUCCAGUUCACACCGCUCUCUAUAGCUCUGUCCAGUCCACAUCACUCUCCACAGCUCUGUCCGGUCCACACAGCUCUCUACAGCUCUGUCCAGUCCACAUCGCUCUCUACAGCUCUAUCCAGUCCACACCGCUCUCAACAGCUCCAGCGGAAAGAGACUGGUAUAGUCUUUCCUCUCUACAAAUAUGAACCUCUUCUGCUUCUCUCUGGAGGGUUCUAUGGGCAGUCUAUAUGAGGCUGUGCAGGACUCCAGUGAUGCCCAGGUCUACACCAUCCCCAGCCGUUCCUCCAGCCGUUCCUCCAGCCGCUCUUGUAGCCCCGCCGUGCUGCUGAAUGAAAACCCCAAGUUGCGUGGCUCGGGACGAUCCAUCUCCAUGGAGAUCUCCCAGAUGCAGAACAACACCAAAAAGAAGAAAAGAAGAACACAUGUAUCCAAAUCAGCAUCAGAUAACGCAACAUUAGAUCAUGCCGCUGCCAGCGGCAAUACUGCUCUCUGGCUGCCCGCCAAAGUCCCUCCAGAAAACGAUUUAGAUUUAGUCCACAUUGUGAACAAUCAAAACGAAGAGAUGGUUAAGCCCAUGCUCAGAACUGAGGUCCAGGCCAAAGCCAUGAUCAGAACCGAUGUCAAGACCAAAGGGGGAAGAGGAGGAUGCAAGUCGAGCAUAAAGAAGAAUGAAAAACCACCAACCCCACCAAUACCACCAACUCAGAUGGUGAGUUACGAGGGGUGGGCUCAGAAUCCAGACAGGCCCAACAGCAGGCAGAGAGACCUGAUUGUCCAUGCCAACGGGGAAGUGGCCAGGCCCAGAGUGCCAAUCAAAAGGAGUCCAAAGCCUGGGAGUCAAAAGACUGGGAAUCAGAAGACUUGGAAGAAAGGGAGUGCAAAAAAUGGAAAAGAAUGGGCCAAGAAAAAUCAGGACACCACACGAAGUAAAGAACUCAGAAAAUCUACCACAGACCAAGCCACUUAUGGGCCCAUCCCAGGACCGUAUCUGGAUGUGGUCCGGAGGUCAGCUGCUGAUUGUGAGUCUGUACUACCAUCAGCCCAGGAGAAUCCUACCCUAGCCCCGGGUGCCAUGGAGCUGAGGACCGGGCCUGGAGGCCCUGGAGCUCAUCAGAGGAACCAUUGCUGGAGUAACUCAGCUGAGAACGCUCCGGCCUGUGGGACGUCCUACCACAUCUACCGCAGGCCCCUCACAGAGUACCCCGUUUAUGCCCAUGACUACACCCUGCCCCUUGCCAAGGACAAACACCAGGAGCUGAACCAAGAUGAGAGCCUGAAACGGGACCCCUCGCCCCAGGGUGUCCCCCUCUCUGUUACUGAUGUGGACCUCUGCAACCCCAAUGUGAGUUAAUGGCAAAAAACAACAACAUAGCCAUCUGUUAAUUAAAGUAGAUUAUAGUAGAUUAUAUAGUAUAUCUGUAAUUGACUGGGCAUUUUGUGGACAUUUGUGUUCCAAUCUAUACCCUACUUCAAAUGACUUGGAAGGAACCAAUCAUUACAUUCCAUUGAAAUAGAUGAUUUGGUUUUAUUUUAACCCAUAGUAAGUGACUGCUAUAAAAACUAUGGUUUGGUAAACAAACACUAGGAAAGAGGAUGGGCUCGCAUGCACUCAUUGAGAUAUUUCUAUACAUGCAGUGUACUGUAUGAAUCUGAAAUUCAGUGAGCACAUGCUCUGAGUGCUUUGUGUGAGACAAAGCUGUUGUUUGGAGUUUACGUGACAUUGGGGCUGAUUAUUUCAGAUUACUCCAGUGUUGUGAUUGCAUAG